CUCUCUCUCUCUUACAACUUUUCUUUCAUUCAGAAAGUAAGCAUUUUUUUUUCUGUCCUUUUAACGUUCCCGAAAUGGGUUCUAAGGUGUGGCUGAUGUUCCUACUGUUGGCCUUGGCAAUGGUGGCCGAGUCCAGCACAUUUCACGAGACCUCCUGGGGUCCCGCCCAUUUUGGCAACGACGACACAAGUUCAUGCAUUGGCGGACACUGUAUUGGUGUUGAAGAUGUAACCGAUGCAUUGAUGAUGGACUCCGAGACAAAUCGUCGCCAGCUUGCUCAGACAAAAAGAUACAUUAGCUAUGGAGCCCUUAAGGCCAACUCCGUCCCAUGCAACCGUCGUGGACAAUCCUACUACGACUGUCAAAACAGGAGAAAAGCCAACCCUUACAACCGUGGUUGCAGCGCCAUUACGCAUUGCUAUAGGUACACUAGUUAAUUGAAGAGAAAGUUUACCCAAGAGAGAGAAACAUCCCCCCAAC